UCAGCUGAUUAUAUCCUUCACCUGUGGAGGUAUCAUUAUCCUCAUCAUCGUUGUCAUGAGACUCUCCAAACGAGUCAAAAAGGAGAAACAAUUCCGCAUGGCCUUCCGCCAAAAUGAGUUGUACUUGUUUCAGAAAGGAAAUAUUUGUCAGCUUAACCGGGACUGUACAGCCGACGAGCAAGCUGAGCUCCUGCCAUACGACCAGAAGUGGGAGGUGGCGCACGAGGACAUCCAUAUAUGCAAACAGCUGGGCAGUGGAGCAUUCGGACGGGUGGUAGAAGCGCUGGUGAAGGGACUUGAAGGUCCCAAGUCCGAGACUCUUGUAGCCAUUAAGAUGUGCAAGAAUCAGGCUGAUCCGGCGCAGGUGCGAGCCCUGGCUAUAGAACUGAAGAUAAUGAUUCAUCUUGGCCAGCAUCUUAACAUUGUCAACCUCCUGGGAGCCAACACCCGUAAUAUUGGCAGAGGAGAGCUGUGGAUUCUGCUGGAGUACUGUCACCAUGGCAACCUCCUCUCCUUCAUGCAUCGUCAUCGACAGUGCUUUAUCAACCAGGUCGACCCCAUCACUGACAACAUUGACCCCAUGAUGCUGGUCCCUGCCGCAGAUGGUAUAGUGUCCCCCAGUACCAGCUACAGAAGGAACAGCACUCAAGCCGCUAGAAGUGAGAGAACACUAUCCGUGCCUGCAGCGUUUCCUUCCUCGAAGUUGACUUCACCUCCCGGGAGUCGGGCAGACGAAGCCUUCGCCUCCUCGACUACGGACUGUUCCCUGUCUCCAGCCACAAUCAUUAGCCAACCCAGGCAACAAGUUCAAAAUCCUCUCUAUAAUUUUUUUAAUCGUCUUUCUCAUGAGGCUUCAGAGGAUAUCAAGAUGAUGAGCGUUCCUCAUGAGGCUUCAGAGGAUAACAAGAUGGUGAGCAUUCCUCCUCAUGAGGUUUCAGAGAAUAACAACAUAGUGAGCAUUCCUCCUCAUGAGGCUUCAGAGGAUAACAAGAUGAUGAGCGUUCCUCAUGAGGUUUCAGAGAAUAACAACAUAGUGAGCAUUCCUGCUCAUGAGGCUUCAGAGGAUAAUAAGAUAGCUAGCGUCCCUCCUCGUAAGGCCUCAGAAGACACUUGCUGUGGUCGACCUCAGACAGAGCUAGAGAAGGGCACCGAGAACAUGCAGGCAGUUUCCUCCGCCUCUUCAGAUCUACUCGGCAUGAACACAGACUCGACUGCAUUUUCUUCAUCACAGAUGUCUUCAUCAGAACAACCACCAGCAUCUCCGGAAGGCCGUAAUGGUUAUGUAUCCGAUCCGUUCGGGUGUGACAUCGGCAAGGUACCCGGAGUGUCAGCGCCCUUCGCUACCAGUGACCUCGUGAACUGGGCCUGGCAGGUCGCUCAAGGCAUGAACUAUCUCACUAGCAGGAAGGUGCUUCACGGGGACCUAGCGGCUAGGAACCUUCUCCUAGCAGACCACAACAUCGUCAAGAUCAGUGACUUUGGUCUAUCCCGAGACAUGUAUAAGAAAGACAUCUACAUGAAGCAGGGCGAUGAUUUAAUGCCUAUUAAGUGGCUGUCAGUGGAAGCCAUCCGGGACCUCUCCUUCAGUGUUCAGAGCGACGUUUGGGCCUUCGGCAUCACUAUGUGGGAACUCUUUACCCUGGGAUCCAUUCCUUACCCUGGUAUUGAAGUUGACAAGGACUUUCUCCAGCUACUUGAGAGUGGCCAUAGGAUGGCGAAGCCAAAAUACGCUAACCACAAGAUUUAUGACUUGAUGUUGGAGUGUUGGGCGUUGGAGCCAAGGAACCGGCCCAGCUUCUUCGACGCCGCCAGCGUCUUGGGGGAGCUAAUGCACUCAAAUCUUAGAACAGAGUACGCGGCUCUUAACGACCCUUAUCAGCGCAUGAACGAGGAGAGGUUCAAGGUGGAGACGGACUUCCUGUCCAUGUUGGCCAACCCUGACAUCGACCACAUCCGCCAAGGUCAUUCACCCAACACCCAUUACGUCAACAUUCAGCGUGCAGGUGAGGGACCACAAGGCGGGAGCAACACAGCACACAGACCUCCAGCAGGACUCGAGUACUCUCCGGAGGGCCCCGGAACACCUUCCCCUCAACCUCCGUCUUCUGAGUAUGGUGACAAUUAUCUACCCAUGAGCGCCUCCAUCACCUUUCCCAACUCCAACAAUAUCUUCAGCCCACGUCCCAAUACUGAGCCCAGAUUCACUUUUGAUAAAGAUGAAUUGGAAGCCUCGUCAGCGAAGAAUGAUGUGCUCAACGUUUGAUCAGCCACGUUAAGAACCUUUGGGUCUGGCAAGCAACUUGAUGGGUGACUACAUGAAUAUAUCAUCGUCCAACGAGUUUAAAGGUUGUGUUAUUGGAAGUAUUCCCAAGCACGAACCACUGACCAACAAUGCACCAAACGCAGCUGUAAUUUGAUGGGAGAAAGUAAUUAUGCUUUUUCCUUGUCCGACUAAACACACCAUAUUGUAAGCAAGAGACCUGAUGUAUGGAACUCUGGACUGGUCGGUAUAACGAAGGUCUCGCUUACUGCAGGUCGGCGUUUUUUCCCUCAAUGGUUCAAGUGGUCGGACACUGUUCUUUCCGCCCCAUCCUAAGCUUCUUCGUCUUCAUUUCCCAGCUCCUUGUCCUCAUAUUCCGGUUCCUUGUCUUCAUAUCCCAGCUCCUUGUCCUCAUAUUCCCGUUCCUUGCCUUCAUUUCCCAGUUCCUUGUCCUCAUAUCCUUUGCAAGUGUUAUAUAGUCAUUCUGGCUUGGCGCUUUCCCGUCACAAUGCCCUUAUCUAAUGAAGUAACGAAUUGUUAAACCUACAUUUUUCUUCAAAGUAAAACAAAAGGCACACAAUGCCCUCACUAUCGUACAUUAUGGAGGACAUAAUGUCCAUAAAUAUUUCCUCGUGUUACGGAAACUAAGUUGUUAAUGUGUCCGAGAGCACAAGGGGUAUAUACAUUUACCGGUGUAUAUUACACUGUGAGUUCUGUGUCCAGAACUGGUUGGUCGGUAUAAGUUAUUGUGGUAUUGUUACCAAGCCUGGCCGCGGUUGCUAGCUAGUUGCUUGAAGUCCAAUACCCAAACCAAACCCAGGAAGCCUCGUACCUGUAACUCCACUUGUAGUCAUUACGUGGAUGUGAAUUGUAAGUACCUGCCUACUACAUGUUAUGUACAACAUAUUGUCUAGUCUAAAUUACUACAUAUGUAGUUCAAUGUACUGUACUUGUUAAACCUUCAAUGCAUAAAUCAAUUACUUAUCAAUAAUAAUUUGUUUAUAAUUGACUGUUCGCCGUGUAACUUGCUUAUCAUUACAAACUUAAUAAUAUAUAUCUCAAUCUCUUAGAUUAUUAAUUUGUUUAAGAUUGUUUAACUUGUAACCUGUAAGUCGCUACAAGCUGACAGUGCGCACCUUGGCUACUGUGUUAGUGUUAAGACUUGCCCAAAACCCUUCUCGUGUUAGUGGCCUUGUCAGAAUGUACCACUGAAUUAUAAUA